AUGAGCCCUCCACGCUUUAUUGGAAUUUGUAGGGUCGACAUCUCCUCUCUUAAGUUUGUCUACGGCAGCAGAGAUGUUGACCGCCGGAUUGUAGAAAACCUAAAACGAAUAUUUAAGAAGACAAAAUGCAAGAAGGAUAAAAGGGACACAGAAAAUCACCUCCUGGUCCUUGUAUCAACACCAGAGUUAAACAGAGCACUUAAAACAUCCCGACUGACCUUGAAAUCUCUCAAGGUCCCUCAGAAUGAUGGUCCACUACCUGUAUUAAAAGUUUCGGGAGAUCAGAAACUGCUUUGCCUCCAAGGUAAACAUCGUGUGAGGGCUGCGGAUGAAUUUUUUCUCGAUCCCAAGGACAAAUGGUGGACGAUUAGACUAUUCUCCGCAGACCUUAAAGAGGAGGCAGAUAUUACGUUGGUAGACACGUGGAGAGACCAGUUUUAUCACCAGGCUGCGUUCAGCGAUGGCGAGAUCUACAGAAAGGUCAGAUUCUACAAAACCCUGGGGCAGGAUACCGAAGUGGACACCUGGACCAUUCGCCUUUCGGAUUGUAAACAGGUUGGCCUUCGGCAGCUAUUGAAACGCGAGAGCUUUGCUAAAGGGUUUGAUUCAUUGCUACACUUUCCAGGGCUUUGGGCGGGGUUAGAGCUGGGGAAUAUCCAAAAACAUUUGGCUCUUCGGUGUGAUGAGGAGGUAACUCGAUACCUAAGUCACAUAUUGACAGUUUGGAGCGACAUCACAAUGGGAAUAGAAGAGGUUGAACAGGCGGUGGAUAUUCAAACGGUCGAAUCCUUACAACUCCGAUGCCCUAGAGUUUGUACAGCGGACAAGAACUUCGUUAUUCAAGCGAUGAGCAGUGGCUUGCUCUUUCCUAAAAUAUUAAAUGGAGAGAUAAGGAGAGAUAUACAGGAUAGAAUCCUCGAUACCGGGUGCUUUGUUCCAAGUAUCAAGUCGAUGCACGAAAACUUGAAGUAUUUAGCAGAAGGUGCUAAGAUCCUUCGACAAUUAGUCUUAGGAGAUGAUAUUGGGUGGACUAUAAAGCGGUCGUUAGAGGAGGUCUGGGCAGGCCAUAACAAUGGUGUUAUCGAAGUAGCAGCCGGAAAUUUUAACCUUGCCUACAAGCAGCUUUGGAUGUCUGCUUUACGAAAUUUUGCAGAUUUGGGCGGUCGGAGCCCACGUAAGGAGGAAAAUCAAAAGCCUUACAAAGCUUCAUCUAAUCCGAGGGUGCAUUACGAGUUUGCUCAAGAAGCCCUUCAACUCGGAUUCGGGACUAAUAGCAUAUACCAUCUGCUCGCUCGCGAUCCAAGAGGGGAGUCACUGCGACUCAUGUUCAAGCAACUAUAUGAUAGGCAAUCUACCGCAGCUAUUGAAACGUUGGUUCAGGAAGUGCUAUCCAAGCUUCCAGCACCCCAGGAUCCAGUUGUUCUCGACCUUUCUUCCUCGAUUGAAACUUCAGACGCACAUACCGACUUAUCUAGGCGGUGGGGGGUGCCAUUUGAGUACGCUUAUCAGUCGGGAAAAGCACAAUUAUUUAUUUCCCACAUGCACCAGGAGCCUUUUACUUCUUUGACAGGUGUUGUUGGGGCCUCUUUUGCGAGGAGGGACUUCAUAACAUCAUUUUUCGGACCUACCUCGGAUUUCAAGCGCAACAUUGAAAAUGUGCCCAAAAGCGAUGAAUUAUUUAGCACUACAGUUGAACAAGAGCGGUAUUCGGCAACCGCUGAUGCUAACCUUAAAGCGUCCUGGGACACAAUGAGCUGUGAAGAGGCGAGCUCGCCAGAAGGACCUUUCUCAAACAUUGAAUCAUCGGAAAUUAAUUUACACCAAGCUGCACCUCAGUUACAGACCCCUCGAGAGCGAGCUCGGUCUCCACUUCUGUCUCCGGAUAUGGAGGUGGAGCACCACGAUUCUAGCAAUUCCAUCCCAACUGAUGUUGUUCAACCCCGGUUCGAGGUAUCUGAUGAACCGCAGCAAUACUAUGCUUCAUCUUCACAAGCUAGAGUAAACAUUGAUUCACAUAUUCCACCCAUAGACAAGCUUGCAACUGAGCAGAUAAUUCUUGAUCAGAUUGACAGAAUUGACUACAAUACCACAGGGCCACGAGACGACUACCUUUUUGAACCCGUUGAAAAUUCCCCGCCACCCACUGAAGGAUUCAUCGAAGCCUCGAGUAGAAUCACAGAAGCCCAACCUGAGCCAUUAAAAAAGGAAGCACCGAGCGUUGCCUCAAGCCAGCCGAACCCAGGGGACAAUAUAGCAGACGUUUUACAAAAUACACAAUCAUCAAGACCUGUCAUCGAGCUCCCAUCAGAACCGUCGAGGUCACCAAUCAUAUCUCUUUGGUCAGAUAACGAGAACGCUAGGAUUAUUGAAGAUUUCACAAGUCCUGACAAACAUGUGGACCCUUCCAACACAGCCAACCAGGUACAAUUAAGCGAGGGUAUCAUUAAUAGAGAAAUUCCAGAGGUUGCUAGCAUUUUCCAAAUGAAUUCUUAUGAAGUACAACCUCCGCCGGAGACACAACUCGAGCCGCAAACUCCGUUGGUGUUAUCCACUACAUUAGUAUCGCUACCAAUAGUCGAUGAUCAUAUCCCACAAUCAUUCGAGGAUUUGCCAGGAGACCGCCCCAGGUCAAUAAUGCCCCUUUCACAAGUUAUAAAUAAGGAAGACUUGGAGGUCGCCAAUAGAAAACAGGAGUUCAUAGCAGCGGACAGCACGACACAGAAUCCAACCCCUCAAAUAUCAGGAUCAGAGGGUGAAGAAUUUACACCGGGUAUGUCUCUGAUACAAGUAGAGCAGAAUCUGAAUAAACAGAUUUUCCCCCCCUCGUUAAUACCUGACUGCGGAGAAUCAGGAGUGCCUGAUUCACGUCAAGUGAGGAUAGAGCAAGUUGCCAACCUAAUGAGCAUCGAUAUGGCAUUCAUCAAGGAUCAGGUGCAGUUAAACUUUUUUGAAUGGGCACGUAAUGGGCAGCCAAAGUCUAUGACAAAAGCGGCAGAGGAUCUAGAACAGUAUCUUCAAGACGGUCGCAAGGGUUGGGUAAUGUUUGUGGCCACGACCCACAAGGCCUGCCAUAUUGUACCUCGGCGCAAUAUUAUACAUCAAAUGAUGAAAUAUCCCUCCAAAUUUUAUUAUCUUGUUAGAUCUGAUGGAGUAGAGCAGUGGAAGAAGGAAGCCUUCAAAAAAUACCAUAGCCAGAGACGAGAUAAACGAGCUCAACCAACGGGCAUCCAGGCUCACACUGUAGUGCCUGGCGGCAACAACCUUAAGCGGUCACCUCCAGUCGACAACACCGUGGAUAUAAGGAAGGAAGAGGUACAGAGAGCAUUAAAAAGACAGAAGUUACCUGGUGAAAAAAUUUCAAUUUCUUCUAUACAGCAAACUCCAUAUAUGGACAAACUAGUAGGGGAGAAACACGAGGAGUUGGACUUAGAAUACCAGCCUACUUGGCCGACGUCUGAGAUAAAUCAGCGGACGACCACCAGGCGGAAGUCUCAUUUUCCCCAAAAAGGCGAGGUUCUGUAG